AUGGAUGCUUACAACGAGGUUUUCAGCGUCGGCACAAAAUUUGACAAGCAGGGUCAAUUCUAUGAUCAUCCCCUUUUGGAGGGAUCUCAUUUCAACAUGUCAGACCUCAAGUCUUCCAAGUCGCGACGUGAGAUGUUCGCGCCAUUUCUCUCUAAAGCAUCCGUCACAAGAGGCGAGCCGUUGAUCCAAACCACCAUCAUGAAAUUCAUAGAUAUUCUGAGAGAAUACGGCAAAAAUAAUAGAGUAGUUGAUAUUACAAGAGGCUAUCACUCGCUUACCACGGACGUGAUCAUGAACUAUGGAUGGCAGAGGGCAUCUGGGGCUCUCGAUUUCCCAGAUUUUUCUUAUCCUUCUGUCGUUUAUACGAAUCAUUUUCUUGUCUCUAUGGUCGUUCUCCGCACAUUCCAUGGGGUUUUCGGGUUCAUGGCCGGUCUUGCCCUGCAAUUCCCUAUUCUUGCAAAGUGGAAUAAAAUGUUUGCUGCAGGGCUUCACCUGCGCGCUCAAGCCCAAGACUUACUUCUAGAUGCCAUCAAUCGGCCGAAAUUGACAAGGCAACAGCAUCCGAGCUUGUUCGACUUGGUCUUACAGCCAGAUCCAAAAACAGGACUACCAGCACCAUCUAUUAAUGAUCUCACGGCCGAGACCCUAGCCUUCCUAGUUGCCGGAGAGGGCUCGCCAGCAAACACUUUGAUUCAUGGUACUUUCCAUAUCCUAAGCAACCCGCAAAUUAAAAGCAGACUCCAGCGGGAGCUUUCCAGUGCAAUACCUGAUGGCUGCCAAAUGCCAAGUGCAGACACACUUGAGAAGCUACCUUAUUUGAGAGCUGUUGUGAAAGAGUCGCUUCGCUUCUCUCAUGGUGCCCCUGGGCGACUCCCGCGUGUUGUACCAUCAUCCGGUGCCACACUGUGUGGACAAUAUAUACCUCCUGGAACCCUCGUUUCGCUUAGCCAUUAUGUUUAUAACACCGAUAGCUCGAUAUUUCCAGAUCCAGCGACCUUUAGACCUGAGCGCUGGCUUGGUGAUGACUUGCACUUGGACCGCCACUUAGUAUCCUUUUCUAGGGGCUCGCGGGGCUGUAUCGGGAUCAAGUAA